AUAUUAGACUGGGAUGGUUCAAUGAUUGUCCAGCAAGUCAACAGCUGUCACUAGAGCUGUGAUUACUUCAUGUCCACGGUGUCUGUUUUUUACCAAUGGAGACCUCUAUACACUGUCGAUGGGUUAUACCAGGCUACGGUGACCAUGUUUCUCCAGAUAUCGGUCCGUACCGACCUUUCCUACUUCCUUUUACUUCGGUGUGUCAACCAGCAGGGGUAGUCCUACACUAUAUGGCACAUCAAGUGUUACUCCCUGAUACUAAUACUUGACUUCAAGAAUUCGAGUUUGUGGGGAAAACACCAUAUUUACACCAAUGCAGUCAGUCGAACAUUUUCGGAAAAUUCUAGAAGGUUUGGACCAGCACCAUCUACAGCUGCUGGCACUGUCUUCAGUAGGGGUGGGAUGUCUAACAUGCUAUCUGAUAUUCAAGAAAAAGGUCACAAAGACCAUCCCCUUGGGCGAAGGUUGGUGGGGGAGAGGUGAAAGAUCACUUAGUGAAGAUGAGAAAAUACAUCCUUUCACGGUGGAGACUUCUGAGGAUGAAAUUCAGGAUCUUCAUAGACGUAUUGAUCAGACAAGGUAUACAGAGCCACUGGAAGAUAGUCGCUUCCAUUAUGGAUUCAACUCUGUUUACCUCAAAAGGGUUGUGUCAUACUGGAGGAAUCAAUUUGACUGGAAGAAACAGGUGAAGGUGCUGAACAAGUAUCCACAUUUCAAAACCAAAAUAGAGGGACUGGAUGUACACUUCAUCCGUGUGCGUCCACAACAUCGCGAUGGACAGAGGGUCUUGCCUCUCAUGCUAGUCCAUGGAUGGCCAGGAUCAUUCUUUGAGUUCUACAACAUCCUCCCACUGCUCACGGAGACACAGGAUGACCUGGCAUUUGAAGUAAUCUGUCCCUCUAUCCCAGGAUACGGCUACUCCGAAGCACCACAUAAACAGGGAUUUAACACAAUGGAUGCUGCUCGAGUCUUCCUGAAGCUGAUGGAGCGUUUGGGAUUCACUGAAUUCUACCUUCAGGGGGGAGACUGGGGCUCCCUCAUCACUACCAAUAUGGCCCAAAUGAAGCCUGAAUGUGUCAGAGGCCUCCACUUGAACAUGCUCUCUGUAACACGAGGAGGUUUUGGUAUGCUGCUCUCUCUGAUCAUCGGACCCUACCUGCCUUUCUUGGUUGGCUUCACACGUGAAGAUGUCCGUCGGCUCUUCCCUUACUUUGAAAAGAAUGUGUACGAGAUUCUGAGGGAGACAGGAUAUCUACACAUUCAGGCCACUAAGCCAGACACAGCAGGCUGUGGAGUGAAUGACUCCCCUGUUGGGUUGGCUGCCUACAUUCUGGAAAAGUUCUCAACUUGGUCUGACAAGCAGUAUAGGGGUCUAGAAGAUGGGGGCUUGGAGAAGAAGUUUUCCCUGGAUGACCUUCUUACCAAUGUUAUGAUCUACUGGACCACUGAAACCAUUGUUUCCUCAAUGCGUUUCUAUAAAGAGAACCUGAAAUCAAAUCCAGAGAAGAGGGUAGACUCCAGGACUGGUAUUUAUGUGCCAAUGGGAUUUGCCGCUUUCCCCCAUGAGCUGGUUCACUGCCCCUUGGCGUGGGCACGCUGGAGGUUCAAGGACAUCCGCUCCUACUCUUACAUGUCCAGUGGGGGGCACUUUGCUGCCUUUGAGGAGCCCAAGCUAUUGGCUGACGACUUUGUGCAGUUUGUAAAAAAGGUGGAAUGCAAAAAUCUAUAAAUUGCCAACACAUUAAACAAAAAAACACAUAAAAAGAUGUGUUGUGUUUGGAAUUCAUUGGACUCCACUUAACUCCAGGUGAUCACUUGGUGUGACUGGCAUUAGCCAUGUUAUAAUCUGGGAGGUAUUAUGCAGACCCCUUAUAAUCUACACAUAUAGGCAAUGACACACAUGCAGAUACCGUACUGUCAAAUGACUGAUAUUUUACAAAACCACUCAUGAUGAUUAUCAAGGGAUAAUUAAUAUUGAAACCCCUGAAUUACUUUAACCAGAAUCACAUGAAUCUGACCAAAUGUAGAAAAGACAGUUAAUAAGAUGUUAAGAAGCAGUUUUCUUGACGAGACUCCACACAGUACCUAUGAAACUUUGUUUGAAAUGUGCCUUUUGGUGGAAUCAGUGAAGCCAGCAAAUUGCAGGCCUUUAAUGGAAAAGUGUAACCUUUUUCACCCAGUAGGUGUUAAAGUCUCUGUGUUGUUAGUGUUCUGAAUGAUGUAAUGUAUUAAAUGUAGAGUGAAACUGAAAAUGAUUACAAAAAAAAGAUUAAGAAUAAAAUACAUCCUCUGAUGCUUUAAUAA